AGCCCUGGGGCCAGCGGGGCGGGGGGGGGGCACUGCUCAGCUGCCGGCAGGGCCCAAGGCCGUGGGGCAGGAGGUCCCGAUCUUGGGCUUUGGAACAGAGCCUGGAACAGCUGGCUUGGACUUGCCCAUCCCCUGUGCAGCUGGGCUUGGCAGCGGGGCCGGGACCCACCCAGGAGCUCCUAGUACAAGCCAGUUGGCUCCAUAGCACUGGGAUGGAGGACUAGCAGCCAGGAGACACCCGCCCCCCUGCAACUCCCAGGCCAGCCCUGCUGUCCUCCAGCCCCUACCCUGGGCCCUCCAUGCCUACCCCCAUCCCGCUCUGUGGGACUCUCACAGGGCUCCCAGCAGGAAAGAUGAUGGGAACUGGGAGGCGUUUCCCUCCCACCCACACCCUACCAGUCCUCAUGGGACAGAGCCCUUGGGAGCCAGAAGCAACCGUCCUGGCGCCAAGCGCAUAUCAGAGCCCGAGGUGGGUCUGUUGAACUCUGCAGAAAACAUGUGUAGGCAAGGGCAGUGCCCACAGGUUGGGUAAGAGCAGCACUCCCCAUUGGACCCGCCUACCCCACCCCUGACUCAUCCGCAUUGUGCUCACCACACACAAGCUUCCCAAGGUCUCCCACUGGGCUAAGCAGGGAUCAGAGGCCGCAGCAGGAUGCGGGCAGUGCAGAAGUCGAUGUGCGUGCUGCUGGUGGCCGCGGCCUCGCUGGCCGCCCUGUACCUGCACAUCUGGACCCCUAAGGGCCCCGGGGCCGUGGACCUGCGCCGACGCCCCCUCGAGCCCCCGCCGGCACUCCCGGGCCCCUCCCAGCAGUAUGCCCAUAUUGCCUUCCACCUCAAGCAAGACGUCCUCGAGCAGCUGCCGCGGAACAGCUGCUCAUGCGCACCGGGCCCGGGGCUGCGCCUGUUUGGGCCAAGCUACACGCUGGACUUCACCACUGCCUUCGGCCCCUCCGAGCUGCCGGGUGUGCAUGGCCAGCGCGAGCGCCAGUACCAGAGCGACCAGCUGCGGGCCCAGUCUCCAGCCAACCAGCUCCUCAUCGUCCGUGCCAACUCCCCGCUCGAGUACCCAGCACAGGGGGUUGAGGUGCGGCCUCUCCACACCAUCCUCAUCCCAGGGCUCAGUCUGCAGGCGACCGGCAGGAAGCUGUACCAGGUGAACCUGACGGCCUCCAUGGGCACCUUCAACAUGGCAGCCACGGUGGAGGCCGUGGCAGUGCAGGGUGAGGGCGAGCACAGCCUCUCACUGGCAGGCACCCGCCUGGCCCACCUCAACCGCCAGCUGCAGUUCAUCACCUACACCAACACCCUCUACCACCCCAACACGGCCGACACAGUGCAGUUUGCCACCGACGGGCACCAGGCCACGUUCUCCAUCCGGAUACACCACACGCCCACCCCAAAGCUGUAUGACCCCGGCUACCCAGCCGACGGGGAGGACUACAACAUCAGCGCGCUGGUGACAGUGGCCACCAAGACUUUCCUGCGCUACGACAAGCUGCGGGCGCUGAUCGCCAGCGUGCGGCGCUUCUACCCCAGCAUCACCAUCGUGGUGGCAGAUGACAGCCCCCAGCCCGAGCGGCUGGUCGGCCCCCAGCUCGAGCACUACCUCAUGCCCUUCGGCAAGGGCUGGUUUGCGGGCAGGAACUUGGCCAUCUCGCAGGUGGCCACCAAGUACGUGCUGUGGGUGGACGACGACUUCAUCUUCACGCCCCGCACGCGGCUGGAGAAGCUGGUGGACGUGCUGGAGAAGACCAGCCUGGACCUGGUGGGGGGUGCAGUGCGGGAGAUCACGGGCUACUCCGCCACGUAUCGGCACAAGAUCAGCGUAGAGCCGGGGGGACCCGAGGGCGACUGCCUGCGGGUGGUGCCGGGCUGGCACCACCCCAUCGCCGGCUUCCCCGGCUGCGUCGUGGCUGACGGCGUCAUCAACUUCUUCCUGGCGCGGACCGACAAGGUGCGGCAAGUCGGCUUCGACCCGCGCCUCAGCCGCGUCGCCCACAUCGAGUUCUUCAUCGACGGGCUGGGCACGCUGCACGUGGGCUCAUGCGAGGACGUGGUGGUGGACCAUGCCUCCAAGCUGCGGCUGCCCUGGCGCCAGACGGAGAGCGAGCGGCAGUACGCCCGCUUCCGCUACCCACCGCCCGCCGACAGCAGCAUCAACACCAAGCACGGCCUCUUCUACUUCAAGAACCGCUUCAAGUGCAUGGCGGGCAACUAGCCGCCCGGACGCCUGGGUCCCCUCCCUGUGGCGGGGCAGGCCCGCUCCCCGGAUGCCUGGGUCUUCUCUCUGGAGAGACGGGGCGUAAUGCUGCUGUGGCUUCUUACCUGUUUUGUACCACCCGGGGGCAUGGGCCUGCUGCCCCCUGCCCGCACUAAGGUGAGAGGGAGGAAACCCCAGUCCACUUUUCCCAGAGGCCUGGGGGGCGCUGGGCUGCCCGGAGCAGAGGCGGACCCAGGUGUCCGAGCCCUCCCCCCCCCCGUGCCCUGCAUACAGGA